AUGGAUAAAUCUUCUUUUCAGGGUCAACCACCACAACCUCACCAAGAACCUGCUACCACAUCACCACCUACAGCAAAUUGUCUAGUUUGUAACGAACCACCUACGACCCAAUGUAUAUCAUGUAAUAAGUGUCAAAAAAAGUACCACUUAAAAUGUAUUAAUUUGGAGAAUAACCAACAACCAUUUACCUGCGAUAAUUGCACCAGUAAAACGCUAACUCCAGGCUCACCAAAAUCUAUACGUAGUCAACGGAGCAGAAUCUCCAACACUUCAACAAUCUCAACCAUUCGAAGUAAAAACUUAGAACUUCAGCGUAUUGAAGAAGAAAGGCAGCUUGCUAAAGAACGAGACACCGAAUUCUUAAAGCAAAAAUAUAAAUUGCUACAACAAACCAAAGAAGAGGAUGUUGACACAAGCUCACAAGAUCUCAACUCCGUACAUGAGUGGCUAAACACUCAGCCAAAUCCGCCAAACUCAUCGGAAACAAACCCACAUUUUUCUCCACAAAACUGCCCAACAGAGAAUCAACAUGUAACUUUUACAACCUCAAUGUUAAAUCAGUGUCAAGUAGCAACUCAAACUUCACAAAAUAAUAUGCCAAUUAGUUAUACAAAUUUAAAUUUUCACAAUAAAACACAAAAUGAUCUGUUAACAUCAACUUCAUACAACAAUACAGGCACAUUUAUUAAUACAGAGACUACACAGCCACAAACAACAACAGCAGCACAGCACAACAUGUCUCUACCAGCAACAAAUAAUUACACCUUUCGCCCGUCAUUCUCGUCUGUUCCGCAUAAUAAUAUAACUUCAAAUCUUACACAUCAACAAAUAAAUUCGAGGCAAACGGUCCCAAAGGAUUUGCCAAUAUUUACCGGCAAUCCAGAAGAGUGGCCGCUUUUUAGCUCCACCUACGACUGGUCCACGGCAGUAUGUGGCCUGACAGACGCUGAAAAUUUAAUUCGCUUGCAAAGGGCUCUAAGAGGAGACGCUCUAAAGUCUGUUCAGCACAUUCUAAUUCACCCAUCUUGCGUUCCAGCUGCAAUCUCGACACUUAAACUGUUGUAUGGACAACCAGAAAAAAUUCUGCAUGCACUAAAAUUGAAAAUACGAACAUUACCAACUGUUAAUGUCAACAAGCUGGAUACAAUUACCUCGUUUGCUGUCCAAGUAAAAGGUCUUCAAGCUACAAUAGAGGCCUGUGGUCUUCUUGAGGAACUCAAUAAUCCUUCAUUGUUACAAGAAUUGAUUUCCAAAUUGCCUUCAUAUUUUCAGAUAAAUUGGGGAACGUAUAAAUUAAAAUUAACAAAAGAAAACAAAAAUGUAAAUCUGUCAGAAUUUUCUGAUUGGAUUUUUGACAUUGGUGUUUCUGCAAGCAGCGUCAACAUAGAGAGUAGUACAAGCUCUGCCGCAGAGGCUCUCUCACGUAGUAAAUCAAAAAAUGUUUAUAUACACACUCAUACUGAACAAAGCAGAAAAACUUGCAUGGUAUGUAGUGGCGACUGCAACAAUGUUGCUAAUUGUGAGAAAUUUAAGAGUGCAGAUAGAGGAAGUAAAUGGAAUAUUGUAAGAGAAUUAAAUCUUUGUAAACAAUGUUUACGUAAACAUUUUGGAAAAUGCAACAACAAAAACGUCUGUGGUGUGGAUAAUUGCCAAUUUAAGCAUCAUUAUCUCUUACAUAAAAAAUGUGAACAAGUUGAUAAAAAAGAGAUGACAAAUGCUGCUGAAACAAAUAAAAACGAGGAAUCAAAACAAAACAAUAAAACUCAUAGUUGUAAUACGCACAGUGCAGCUGGAUGCAGCAAUUUGUUUAAAAUUAUUCCCAUAACAAUUUAUGGUAAUGAUAAUAAAUUUAUAGAAACAUUCGCUUUUAUUGACGACGGUUCUUCAACGAGUUUAAUAGAUGAGCAAAUUAUUAACGAUUUAAAUCUUGCUGGCACUCCUGAACCGUUAUGCCUUAAAUGGACUGGAAGCGUUGAACGUAAUGAAAAUAAAUCUUGCCGACUUUGUAUAAAUGUAUCUGGCCCUAAUAAAAAAGUGCAUACAAUAGAUGUGCGUACUGUAAAGCAGCUUUCAUUACCAAAACAAACUAUAGAUGUUGAAGAGAUGGUUAAAAAUGCACCAUAUUUAGCAGGAUUGCCUGUGAAAAGUUAUGUUGAUGCGACUCCUCGGCUAUUAAUUGGUCUCAAUAAUUCACGACUAUGUGUUUAUAAUAAUAUUAAAGAAGGUAAGAUUAACGAACCUGUAGCCAUACGUACUCGUCUUGGAUGGUUAGUAUACGGUACAAUGAGGAGAAAUUCGUUAAUAGAACAUCAUCAUUGUCAUGUAGAUGAAUGUAGUAACAAAAUACUUGCCGAUUUAAUGAAAAAAUUCUACAGUUUAGAAACCGCUUGUAUAGAUAACUCAACUACCAUUCUAAGUAAAGACGAUGAAAAAGCUAUGUCUAUUUUAAAACAGUGUACUAGACAACGACCUGAUGGGCAUUACGAAACUUCGUUAUUGUGGCGUAGUGAGAACAUAGUGAUGCCGAAUAGCUAUGAUAUGGCACUAAAGAGAUUUAGGUGCUUGGAGAAAAAAUUAAAAAAUGAUAGUAAUUUAAACGACGUAUUUAACAAAACUAUUGCUGAAUAUAUUCUAAAGGGAUAUAUAACUAAGAUUGAAAGGAAUGCUCCAAAGCCAACAAAGGAUGAAAGGGUUUGGUAUUUACCUAUAUUCCCAGUAUUUAAUAAAAACAAACCUGGAAAACCCAGAAUUGUAUGGGAUGCGGCCGCCAGAGCUAAUAGACUGUCUCUAAAUGAUAUGCUAUUGAAAGGUCCGGAUAUGCUGUGUUCGUUGCCUUCUAUUCUUAUUCGAUUUCGUCAAAAAACUGUAGCCAUUUGUGGCGAUAUAGAGCAAAUGUUCCACCAAGUUUUUAUCAGAAAAGAGGAUCGUAAUGCUCAGAGGUUUCUAUGGGGUAGUAGCAUCGACAAUGAGCCAGAUGUAUACGUUAUGAAUGUGAUGAUUUUUGGAGCUUCUUGCUCCCCGUGCAUUUCACAGUUCGUCAAAAAUAUCAAUGCAGAUAAAUUUAGUGAAAAGUAUCCUACUGCUGCAGCAGCCAUAAAACAUAAUCAUUAUGUCGACGAUUAUUUAGACUCAGUAGACACUAUCGAGGAGGCAAUUACUUUAGCUUUAGAAGUUAAAUAUAUCCACAGAGAAGCUGGAUUUAAUAUCAGAAACUGGAUAUGUAAUAACAAAAAUGUUUUAGUCGCAAUAAAUGGCAAUGAUAAUCUAAAAAAUAAGAGUCUGAAUCUAGGAAAUGAAAUAGAAGUAGAUAAAGUUCUUGGCGUUUUCUGGAGAUCAUCUGACGACACAUUUACUUUUAAAAUUACCCCAAAUAUGGCGAAUAAUAUAUUGGUGGACAAUAAGAUUCCGACAAAACGCGAACUAUUACGAAUUUUAAUGUCGAUAUACGAUCCUUUAGGACUUAUUGGUCAUUACCUGAUGUACCUAAAAAUAAUAUUGCAAGAUGUAUGGAGAAGUAAUGUUACUUGGGAUGAAGAAAUCCAACCUUGCCACAUGGUCAAGUGGACGAAAUGGUUGUCAUUCUUGCCGAAAAUAGAAAAUAUUGCCAUACCACGAUGUUAUCUUCAAACUUUUAGUAGUUAUGACAACGUUGAUGUAGAGCUGCACACAUUUGCCGACGCUAGCGAGAAUGGGUAUGCAGCAGUAUCCUAUUUAAGGAUUUCGAACGGCAUUAAUGUGGUUGUGUCCCUAGUCGGGUCGAAAACUAGAGUGGCUCCUCUAAAGGUAACUUCUAUUCCCCGUUUAGAAUUAAUGGCCGCAGUUAUUGCGUCGCGAUUUGCUAAUAGUAUCGUAAAAAGUAUGACAAUAAACAUCAGUCGAAUGGUAUUUUGGUCGGACUCAAAAACCGUCCUUAGCUGGCUAAGGUCAGAUCAAAGAAAAUAUCACCAGUUCGUGGCCUUUCGUGUAAGUGAAAUUAUCGACACAACUGAGUUGGAUGAAUGGCGAUGGAUUUCAGGUAAAUUAAAUGUAGCAGACGAAGCAACAAAGUGGUCCAAAAGCGGACCUGAUUUGUCAAAAGGCAGUCGUUGGCAAAAUGGCCCUGAUUUUUUGAAACAAAAUCAAAACUCGUGGCCUCUAAACGAUAGUAUAAACGCUGACAUCGAUUGUGAACUUAAACAACACAUACAUUUUGUAAGAGAAUUUAAUUAUCUAAUUGAAAUUAAACGGUUUUCACAAUGGAAUAGAGCCCUUAGGGCCGUAGCCUAUGUAAUUCAUUAUGUGAAUAAACUUAAAAACAAGAAAAAUCCAAAUACACUGUCACAAGAGGAAAUUAAAAAGGCAGAAGUGGUUCUUCUAAAGCAAGCUCAAAUGGAGGUGUAUAUGGACGAAAUAAAGGCAUUUAAAUGUAACAGCAAAAUUAGCAAAAGUAGCCCCCUCUAUAAGUUAUCUGCUUAUUUGGAUGGCGAUGAAGUUUUACGUAUUAACAGUCGUAUAGAUUACGCCAACGUUCCAUGUGGACUUAAUAAUCCGGCUAUUAUACCAAAACAGAGUUAUAUCACUGAGCUGAUAAUUUUGCACUUUCACGCACAUUAUCAUCACGGAAACCACGAAACAGCUAUAAACGAGAUUCGGCAGGUAUAUUAUGUGCCUCGCCUAAGAACAACUUUUAAGAAAGUAAUACGAAAGUGUCAAAUGUGUAAAAUAUCUAAAGCUGAACCAACGUAUCCUCAAAUGGCAAAACUUCCAAGAGCAAGGUUGUCAGCUCACGUCGCACCUUUUACGUUUACUGGUCUCGAUUUUUUUGGUCCGCUUAUGGUGACCGUAAAUAGGCACAAGGAGAAGAGGUACGGAGCCCUAUUCACCUGUUUAACUAUUCGAGCCGUACAUAUCGAGAUAGUACACUCUUUAACCACCAGCUCAUGCAUCUUAGCAAUACGGAAUUUUAUGGCCAGGCGUGGUACUCCACGGGAGUUUUUUAGUGAUAAUGCCACCAACUUUGUUGGGGCAGAAAGGGAGUUACGGGAAUCUAUAAAUGAAAUUGAUUCCAACGAAUUUGUUCGCAAUUUCACAUCAGCUACGACUAGUUGGAAUUUUAACCCGCCUGCUGCCCCCCAUAUGGGGGGAGUUUGGGAACGUAUGGUACGUUCUAUCAAAACAGUGCUGUACAAAAUACCAACCUCGAGAUCUCCAAAUGACGAAACAAUUCGUAGUAUGAUGGCUGAAAUAGAAAAUAUUAUAAACUCACGCCCACUAACCUACGUCCCAAUAGACAACGAGAAUCAAGAAGCUCUAACUCCUAAUCAUUUGCUGUUAGGCAGUUCUAAUGGGAUGAAACCCUUAGCUGAUUAUGAUGACGGUGCAAUGGUUGUUAAGAGUAGUUGGUUGCAGUCGCAAAUAUAUGCUCAACAAUUUUGGAGACGAUGGCUAGCUGAAUAUUUACCGUCGCUUACAUGCAGAACAAAGUGGUUCGAAAAAUCCAAACCUUUAACUGUAGGCGAUUUAGUUGUUGUGGUUGACCCUUCCAGUCCGCGUAAUGUUUGGCCCAGAGGAAAAGUAUUGGAGACAACAGUUGCAAAAGACGGGCAAGUGCGCAGAGCAAAGAUUAAGACAACCUGCGGAGUGCUGGAAAGGCCAGUAGCGAAGUUGGCCUUACUCGACGUGGAGCAAAAUAGAGAGUAG